CUCCACCUUACCCCGCCACACAUUAAGCCACUGAGUUCACAAUGUAUAGCUCCUCUUGAGGCCACUAGCUCUUCUGCCCAUGUAGUCCUGCCGGAUCUGUCACCAGGCAAAUACGAUCAUCCCAGUUGUCGGAUCUGCCACUCUUCAGAUGGCCAGCUUUCGCGUGGAUUCCUGUCACGGCUGCAAAAUGCAGAAGUUAAGGAUCCCCUUAGUCAGCCGCAUCCUCCGAACGAUGCCCUCCAGCCUCCCCAUCACGGGCAGAUCCAUCUCCGACCAGCGUGGCUGGACGCAACCUCUUUAGCGCACCCUACAGAAGGAGAUCCGUCCUUUCUGGCAGCUUUGUCCACCUCGUUGCCAGCCUCUCAAACCAACCUGCCGGUAUGCGAGGUCAUUGCGACUUCAGACGGUCCUAAUCCUCCGGAGACGCUGUGGUCGAGUGCAGCCUCUCGACAUGCGACGGCGACUGGGAUGACGCAUGAAAGAGGCGGUCUUGCGGGGCGUCGACGACAACGA